AUGUUGACAAUAAAAGAUAUGGUUUUUUUUACAAUAUACACAUCGGGUUUCGGUAUUACAGCCGGCGUCCACAGGCUAUGGUCGCACAGAGCGUACAAAGCCAAUCUUCCUUUAAGAAUUUUACUCGCUCUACUAUUCACUGUCACUGGACAGCGCGAUAUUUAUACAUGGGCCUUGGAUCAUCGGGUUCACCAUAAGUACACAGAAACAGUGGCGGAUCCUCACGACGUUAGACGUGGGUUCUGGUUUGCUCACGUCGGCUGGCUGGUACUAACACCUCACCCCGCUGUUGAAGAUCGAAGGAUCUCAUUGAGAAAGACAUCGUUGGACUUGCUCGCCGAUCCAGUUGUUAGUUGGCAGAAAAUAUUAUUUAUUCCAUUAUUUGUACUACUGAAUGUCUUCCUACCGGUCGCUAUUCCUGUUUAUUUUUGGCAAGAGAGCUACAUCAACAGUUUCGUGUUGAGCUUCGUUACGAGAUUCACAAUCACACUGAAUAUUGCCUACAGCGUGAACAGUUUCGCUCACAUGUGGGGAAAUAAACCUUACGACAGAUUCAUAAAGUCUGUGGAGAACAAAAUAGUCAGUUUGGCAGCAUUGGGCGAGGGAUGGCACAAUUACCACCACGUCUUCCCCUGGGACUACCGGGCUUCGGAACUAGGAAUGAUUAAUAUUUCAACAGCCUUCAUAGAUGCGUUUGCAAAAAUUGGAUGGGCUUAUGAUCUUUUAUCAAUUCCAGUGAAAGUAGCUACGAAUGAGAUGAUAACGAACCGAGCGAGGCGGAAUGGUGAUGGAAGUCUACCACAUCUUGAAGAACCAGAUCCCAGUGUCUCAUCCGAAUAG